CCGCCUCCGGGUCUACUUGACGCUGGGACAGAUGAGUCGGGAGAGUUAGGCGAAGGCUUUGGAGGGGAAAAAAACUCACACACACACACAAAAAAAACAACCCCGGCUUUAAAUAGAGAAAAAAGUACCUAAGGAAGCGACCAGCCUGCCUCAAUUCUUGAAAGGUUCCACACUAGACCUUUACCCAGGCUCUGGCCACCUCAUAUGGUACGGACCUAACCAGAGGGAGAAGAGGAGGGUCCUUUUCCUAUUUAUGUCUGCCUAUUGACUAGCUACGUUUGUAAAUCCUCUGGGCUGUUGUGUCCCAGAGGCCUGAUCGCAGCUGAACUUGUUCCACAAACUGCACUCCCCUCAGUGGGGUUGGUUGUGACCCAGCUCCAAGGUACAUCUCACGGCAGGCUUUCCUUUCCUGAGCAGCAGCAGCUGUGUCCUGCCUGCGUCCUGCCUCUAUUUCCUGUCCUUGGUGUGCAAGGCUAAGCCUCCUCUCUACACUCCCCUUCCCCAAACACACACACUCUCCCUGUUGUACACGAUCCAAGAAGAGGAAUCGUCAAUCCCUUAACUUCCUGGUACAUUUCUCUCCCUCCCUCCACUCCUUCUCACCCUGGACAGCAGCACCAUGACCUCUAUGUCCAGCCUGUUCUCCUUCACCAGUCCAGCUGUGAAGCGUCUGCUGGGGUGGAAGCAGGGGGACGAGGAGGAGAAAUGGGCUGAGAAGGCUGUUGACGCUCUGGUCAAGAAACUGAAGAAGAAGAAGGGAGCCAUGGAGGACCUGGAGAAAGCCCUCAGCAGCCCAGGACAACCCAGUAAGUGUGUGACCAUCCCUCGGUCUCUGGACGGUCGUCUCCAGGUGUCUCACAGGAAGGGUCUCCCCCACGUUAUCUACUGCAGAGUGUGGAGGUGGCCUGACCUACAGUCUCACCACGAGCUCAAACCUCUGGAGGUGUGUGACUACCCCUUCGGCUCCAAGCAGAAGGAGGUCUGCAUUAACCCCUACCACUACAAGAGAGUAGAGAGCCCAGUGCUGCCUCCGGUGUUGGUGCCUCGCCACAGUGAGUUCAACCCCCAACACAGCCUCUUGGUCCAGUUCAGGAACAUGACUCACAACGAGCCCCACAUGCCCCUGAACGCCACCUUCCCAGAGUCCUUCCAGCAGCACAGCGGGGGCAGUGGCUCCUCCUUCCCAAUCUCCCCCAACUCCCCCUACCCUCCCUCCCCAGCCUCCAGCGGAGGGGUGGGCACCUACCCCAACUCUCCUGCCAGCUCCGGACCCUCCAGCCCCUUCCAGCUUCCAGCUGAUACCCCACCCCCGGCUUACAUGCCCCCUGACGAGCAGAUGGGACAGGAGGGGUCCAUGGAGACCAGCAGCAGCGGGCCCAGGAACAUGCCUAGUGGGGAUGUGCAGCCAGUGGAGUACGAGGAACCGAGCCACUGGUGCAGUAUUGUGUACUAUGAGUUGAACAACAGAGUGGGUGAGGCCUACCAUGCUUCUUCUACCAGCGUCCUGGUGGACGGCUUCACCGACCCCUCCAACAACAAGAACCGUUUCUGCCUGGGGUUGCUCUCCAACGUCAACCGCAACUCAACCAUAGAGAACACACGCCGCCACAUCGGCAAAGGUGUCCACCUGUACUAUGUAGGAGGUGAGGUGUAUGCAGAGUGUCUGAGUGACACCAGUAUCUUCGUUCAGAGUCGUAACUGUAACUAUCAUCAUGGUUUCCACCCCACCACGGUGUGUAAGAUCCCUAGUGGCUGCAGUCUGAAGAUCUUUAACAACCAGGAAUUUGCUCAGCUACUGGCCCAGUCUGUGAACCAUGGCUUUGAGGCGGUCUACGAACUGACCAAGAUGUGCACCAUCCGCAUGAGCUUUGUAAAGGGCUGGGGAGCUGAGUAUCACCGACAAGAUGUCACCAGCACCCCCUGUUGGAUAGAAGUGCACCUUCACGGCCCUCUGCAGUGGCUGGAUAAAGUGCUGACACAGAUGGGCUCUCCUCUCAACCCCAUCUCUUCAGUGUCUUAAAGGUGCCCCCGCCAGACUCUCAACCCCAUCUCUUCAGUGUCCUAAUGGUUACCCCCAGACCAGACUCUCAACCCCAUCUCUUCAGUGUCUUAAAGGUGCCCCCGCCAGACUCUCAACCCCAUCUCUUCAGUGUCCUAAUGGUUACCCCCCAGACCAGACUCUCAACCCCAUCUCUUCAGUGUCUUAAUGGUGCCCCAGACCAGACUCUCAACCCCAUCUCUUCAGUGUCUUAUUGGUGCCCCCCAGACCAGACUCUCAACCCCAUCUCUUCAGUGUCCUAAUGGUUACCCCCAGACCAGACUCUCAACCCCAUCUCUUCAGUGUCCUAAUGGUGCCCCAGACCAGACUCUCAACCCCAUCUCUUCAGUGUCUUAAUGGUGCCCCAGACCAGACUCUCAACCCCAUCUCUUCAGUGUCUUAUUGGUGCCCCCCCCAGACCAGACUCUCAACCCCAUCUCUUCAGUGUCCUAAUGGUUACCCCCAGACCAGACUCUCAACCCCAUCUCUUCAGUGUCCUAAUGGUUACCCCCAGACCAGACUCUCAACCCCAUCUCUUCAGUGUCCUAAUGGUUACCCCCAGACCAGACUCUCAACCCCAUCUCUUCAGUGUCUUAAUGGUGCCCCAGACCAGACUCUCAACCCCAUCUCUUCAGUGUCUUAUUGGUGCCCCCCAGACCAGACUCUCAACCCCAUCUCUUCAGUGUCUUAAUGGUGCCCCCCAGACCAGACUCUCAACCCCAUCUCUUCAGUGUCUUAAUGGUGCCCCCCAGACCAGACUCUCAACCCCAUCUCUUCAGUGUCUUAUUGGUGCCCCCCAGACCAGACUCUCAACCCCAUCUCUUCAGUGUCUUAAUGGUGCCCCCCAGACCAGACUCUCAACCCCAUCUCUUCAGUGUCUUAUUGGUGCCCCCCAGACCAGACUCUCAACCCCAUCUCUUCAGUGUCUUAAUGGUGCCCCCGCCAGACUCUCAACCCCAUCUCUUCAGUGUCUUAAUGGUGCCCCAGACCAGACUCUCAACCCCAUCUCUUCAGUGUCUUAAUGGUGCCCCAGACCAGACUCUCAACCCCAUCUCUUCAGUGUCUUAAUGGUGCCCCAGACCAGACUCUCAACCCCAUCUCUUCAGUGUCUUAAAGGUGCCCCCCAGACCAGACUCUGAACCCCAUCUCUUCAGUGUCCUAAUGGUUACCCCCAGACCAGACUCUCAACCCCAUCUCUUCAGUGUCCUAAUGGUUACCCCAGACCAGACUCUCAACCCCAUCUCUUCAGUGUCUUAAUGGUGCCCCAGACCAGACUCUCAACCCCAUCUCUUCAGUGUCUUAAAGGUGCCCCCCGCCAGACUCUCAACCCCAUCUCUUCAGUGUCCUAAUGGUUACCCCCAGACCAGACUCUCAACCCCAUCUCUUCAGUGUCUUAUUGGUGCCCCCCCUCCCCCAAGACCAGACCAGCCAGGCUGGGAGGUUCUUUUACACAUUUUUUGUUUUUUUAAACAUUGUUUAUUUUUAUUUUUGAUGUUUUAAUGUGUAAAAGGAGAUGAUAAAAGGCUGAACUGUUUACAGUAUCUGGCUGCAGAAGGGAUGUUGAACCCAGAGCAGCAGAUGAUAAAAGGCUGAACUGUUUACAGUAUCUGGCUGCAGAAGGGAUGUUGAACCCAGAGCAGCAGAUGAUAAAAGGCUGAACUGUUUACAGUAUCUGGCUGCAGAAGGGAUGUUGAACCCAGAGCAGCAGAUGAUAAAAGGCUGAACUGUUUACAGUAUCUGGCUGCAGAAGGGAUGUUGAACCCAGAGCAGCAGAUGAUAAAAGGCUGAACUGUUUACAGUAUCUGGCUGCAGAAGGGAUGUUGAACCCAGAGCAGCAGAAUUAAAAGAAAGGAAAAUGGAGGCUACAAGCAGAAGAUUAAAGUAGAGUAGCGGCACAAAAUAAUGGACAAAGUACUGCUCUGAGUCAUCCACUACCAACCAUGUGCUUAUUCUAUUGAGAGUAGUAGGACUGGAAAGCAUGUACCUUACUUUAUAUUUUAAAUGUUUUUUUUUUUUUAAGGAUUUUGCAUAAAAUGUUUGAAUAAUUUUCUUUCUGUAUUUUUAUUUUUUUUGUUAAAAAAUAAUAAUAAUGAAAUGUAUAUCACUACUACAAAUUUACCACAGUCAAACUACUUGUAAUUUUACUUUGCAAACUCUUUUUUUUUUCUUGCCAUGUUUUCUAAUGCCAGAUAUUUUACAUCUAAGGUAUAGAUAUCAUUAUGUUUACUAUUAAGACUCAGAUCUCAAUGUUUCCAUUUUAUAGUUUCUAUCACUAGAAAAACUUGAGUUACUGCCAUUUUAAAUAAAGUAUGUCUAACUGAUAACUAUGAUAUGAGUUCAUUACUGAAUGUUUUGAACAGGUGUCAAGCUAGAAACAUCACACUUCUCAGAGGAGAACUCAAUAAAGUUGUCAAUGAUGCUGGGUUGGUUCUCUGUACAUACAGUAUAUGUUCAAGUGACAGAUUUGUUUUUCUGUAUUCAUGAACUAUCUUUACAUAUUUUUAUUUUUUUAUCUUGUGGGGGUAAGUUUCUGUGUAGGGUACAGUUUGUGGAAUUAUUCUGAUAUGACAAUCAACUUCAUUAGCCCAAAGUUAACCGGAAAUGGGUAACAGUGACUACAUGUUUAUUCACCUGAUUUUAUAUUAUUUUUUAACCCUUUUUUUGUGAAUACUUGUCUGUUGUCACGACAACUUAUAUUGAAAAACAAGCAUUGGUGGGUACUUUAGUUGCGAUGCUGAGGCACUACAGUCAUUACGGUUAAUAAAACCCAUCAUUUGAUUGGCGCUAGUACGUGGUAGGAAAUCAACUUGCCAGACCACCAUUGGUAAAAUAUAUAUCCCUGUUCAUCUAUUGGUCCGCGUUGAGUUACCGUAUAUCUACUAAAAUAUGGUCUUAACUGUCACCAAGGUACAAAUCCAAUGCCCAAAAAAUAAACCGGGGUACGCUGGUGUGAAAACCCAUGCACUCCCAUUGAUAACAGUCUAACUAACCGUAGUUAACUACAACACCGACGGGAAUUCUGUAAAGCGAGAGUCACCGUUUCUAUUGGAAUGCAACGUCAGCUUGUUAUCUAAUUGCUUUUCUUCGUUUAACAGCCAACAAACGGUUUCCAUCGAGCGCAUAUACACUUCAAUCUCUUAUUUUUUUAUUAUGAACACAACAAAUACAAAAAAAAAACAAAUAUACAAACGAGUGCAUUAACCCAA